AUUUAGAUCCAAAUCAUAUUUAAAGUAUGUUUGGAAAGGGUAUUUAUAUCAAAGUGAAAUUAGGCUAAUAUUUUAGAUUAAUAGAAAAUUAUGAUGAUGCUAUUGAAUAGUAUGAUAAAGUGAUAAAAAUAAAACCAAAUCAUAUAAAUUCAAUUUGGGGAAAAGGUUAAUCAUUUUAUCUAUUACAGGGGAAUCAUUGAGAAUGUAAGACAAAUUCAGAAAGGCUAUAGUUUAUUUUGACAGAGCUCUAAAAUACCAUUCAAAACAUUUCUUAUCUCUAUAUGGCAAAGGUAAUAAUCUAAGUCAAUAUUUUUAAGGAGAAGCACUUAGAAUGCUUAAAUAUAAUUAUGAUGCUUCUGUUGAAUACAAGUAGGCUCUCGAAUUGUAACCUAACCAUAUAAAAGCUUUAUUUGGAUAUGGAGAAGUGUUAAAAUUAAUGAAAAAAUAUUAAUAAUCAUUGGUAUGUUAUAAGAAAAUUUUGGAUAUUGAUAAAGGUAACAUGGAAGCUGUAUAGUUGAAAUGUAAAAUAUUUAUUAAAAUUGACUUUAGAUGAGGUAGAACAUUGCAUUUCUUAAUUAUAAUAAAAGGAAUAAAUUAAUAUAUUAAGAAAGUAAGAUCUUUAAAGCAAUAGUAAAUUUUUUGAUGGUCUUUAAACCAAUACUUUAAAUUUUAGAAAAAAUCUUUGA